GUGCGGGUUGGGUGGGUGUGCUACCUACCUACUUGGUACCUAGCAGAAUAUGGAGCACUCCGUACAUGCUGUAGAUACUAGAUACCUAUUCGUGCCGAGGCCGUGUACUACUAAGAGUAGCAGAGCAGGACGAGGGAGGUGUGCGGCAACCAGAAUCCUCCCAAGCCCGCCUUUUUUUCUUUGCAUCUCUGUCCCACAUCCCACCCAGCCUUAGCCUUGUCUACCGUUCCCUCUCUUCCGUUCUCCGGUCCCUCUACUAGUGGUCAAUUAUGCUCCUGCUGUAGCAGAUCAUGUCUCAGUCCGUCCAUUCCCUACGCAUUGACUCGGCUUGACUUAAAGGCGAGGCCAGUGCUGCCAUGCUACUACUCCGUGCCAUUGUACAGUAGGAAUCCACCGAUCGACCACCGACCACCGACCACCGACCUGCACCCACCCUCCUUUGCACACCACCUAUCACCUAUCAACGCCCCUAUACUCCCGAGUCCACUCCUGGACCCUGGCCCUGCGAUGUUGGAUCCUCAACGCCCGCGCCCUACUACCAAUUGCAUCCACUUCGCAUCCUGAGCCUGAGCCUGAGCCACUCGAACUGGCCCCGAGAUCGUCUGAACCCCUCCGCAGGGGAGCCAUCGCCCCGGCCGCAAGGCCCCAAUUCCUCCUCCUCCCGACUCCUCUUCCUCGGGCAUCGAAUCGCAUUCCACAGCAUAUCCGGCAGGGCCCAAUCGCCAACCCAGAGCCAAAAAGCACUGCACCUUGGGCCGAAACCCGGUGUCCGUGCCGUCCAACUCAGGGACACAAAGACGCAAGGUCGCAAGGACGCAAGGACGCAACGGCGGGUGCAUCAGCACGCCUCUUUCAACCCCCCCCCCCCGAAACAAAUCUCGGUUCCUCUCCCGCCGGCCUGGUUGUGCAAGCCUCCUGCUGUACGACUCCAGCCAUAAUCCACAUUCCCGCUACGCCAUCAACUUCUCGGGAUGCGCCUCGCUGGCCCGAGACUCCAUUAUCCAGUGGCGCCGUCAGACCGAACACACCAGAGUACAAGUCAAGCCAACGGGCUGCUUCCUGUACUUCGCUGAACCAUAAGACGAAACGGAACGACGACGGCAGUGCAAACUCUCUCUUGCCAACUGAAGUUCACACUGAAGUUCACACGGCUACACCGCAAUAUUCUGUACCCAUAGUUGCUGACGACUCCGCCUUGCUUUGAGGCCCUAAUAUCAUCGUCAGCCCUACGCCCAUGACCAGUCGUCCAUACACCGAACUCGACGGUACCUCUCAAACGCGCAACACCGACUGGCCAGGCGGGACCGAUUGCCCAGUCAGAUAUCAUGGCAUCAGCGCAAACUGCGCUGCCCUACCAAACGCAGAAGCCAGGUCUUAAUAAUGGGAGCUCCUCGACGGCUGCGCAUACGCGAAGGACAUCAUUGUCGUCAUUCCCGCCAUCCUCUCGUUCCGGCUCGCAAAUGUCACACCAUUCAAAACCGUCACGGUCGCCAGUCCCUCCCGGCCCUGGUGCCGGGGGUGUGGUUUCGGAAACAGACCGCACGUCAAAUCCCAGCUCCAAGUCCAAGACACCGUCGACAGGCACCGGCGUAUCGUCGCAACAUUCGUCCCUGUCCGGAAGCAGCGUGGUUCCGAUGCCGCGCUACAACUCUGAUGCUCACCCCCGGCGGAAAAUGAAAUCUCAGUAUCCGCGAAGCUCCAGCGAGAACCACGUGGAGUAUAUCUUGGUCGCUUCUUUCGAUAUCGACCGGGGGCCAAUCAUGGAGCAUCAGUAUCCCAUGGCCAUCACUGGCGACGAGAACAUGCUGGCGGAGCUUAUGUUGCCGGAUGGCGCGCACAUGCGGAAUCAGGACUGGACGAUAUUCUUUUUACACAAGGAUACGAGCCAAGAGGAGGAAGAUGAAGAGAGAGAAGCACGGAGACGGAGGAGGAGAUGGAGAAGAAACAAAGCCGCGGGCAUCAUCGAUGAGGCAACAGACGACGAUGAGGCCGACGAAGAGCAAGACGACGAUGACGACGAAUUUGACGAUGACGAGUCAACUGAUAGUGAGCCUGAGGGAGGCGAAGGGCCGCCUCUGGUCUACGUCCUGAAUUUGGUGAACACAAAACAAGACAAGUCCGUCAAGAGAGGCGCAAUUGUGAAGGCGAUGGCUAUCUGCACAAGGCACCCUUUCUUGCAUAUAUAUAAGCCAUUGUUACUGUUGGCUUUGGAGGAAUACUUCAAAUCGCCAGUGCCUGAGACGCUGUCUAUGCUUUACGACUCCGUCAACGCGAUGGACCUGUCUCUGAUGCCGAAGCUGAGUUUUCUUGAAAGGCAAUUGCUGCAGUCCAGUGAGAACAAGGACCUUUUCGUUGAGAAAUUCGAACGCAUGGUUCAGCAGCGGAUCGAACAAGACCAGGACGAAAGCAGCUCAGAACAACCUACAGAACCCGCUGUACAGCCAGCUAAGCGGCCAGAAAUACAGCGAGCCGGGACGAAAGCUUUCCUGGAGGGCAAGGCGAUGUAUUCUGUACCCAGGGACACCCACGAGUUUGAGAGUAAGGUCAUGUACAAGGGCAUUCCCAUUCCGAUCAAGGUGCCAGUGGCCGUGAUGCCGGAGUCUGUGGGCGACUUUUCCCUCAUCAAGUUGAUCCAAAACUUCUCGGAACCUCACGGGAAAGCACCGCAGCCAUUCCUGCCACAUCCACACCUCACCACGAAUGGACCUACCACGCAUCCCAUCAUCGUCCUGGCCAACGCUCUUCUGACGCAGAAGAGAGUCAUUUUUCUCGGUCAUAACAUGCCCUCAGGCGAAGUUGCUGAGGCCGUACUAGCCGCCUGCGCCCUUGCCUCUGGCGGUAUGUUGAGGGGCUUCACGCGUCAUGCGUUUCCUUACACCGAUUUGACAAAGAUCGAUGACCUUCUGAAGGUACCUGGCUUCAUCGCGGGUGUUACAAAUCCAACCUUCGAACACCAUCCGGAGUGGUGGGAUCUCCUGUGCGACUUACCAAAGGGCCGCAUGACCAUCAGCAGCAAAAUCGAGCCUGCAGCGGCAACAGAAGGCCUUGCGUAUUUUCAGCAGCAGAAUCCUUCGUAUUCAGGUCUUGUCAACAUUUCUAGUUCUACUUCCACCUCUAGCGCGGACUUGACUGGAGAUCAGGCGUUCAUGACCGAUGUUCUAAAAAGCAUCGCAGCUCGCCACGGCGAGAGAGUUGUCAGGGCUAAGUGGAGAGACUGGGUGGUCAAGUUCACUCGUGUUGCUGCAGCAUUUGAGGAAAGUGUGUACGGAGCGAGUGCGCUGUAUAUUGGAGGUGACGAGGACGCACAAGGGGGCGCCGUGAUCACGUCGAGUUCCGGGGCCAAUGGCAUCCUGAACGGACAUGGGUAUGUCUGGCCGGACGAACCAUCGAAGUACAAGGAGCUAGCGGGCAACGUCACGAGAAUUGAGGGAUGGAGGAACACCAGGAGUUAUUACAGUUUCAUCCAGGACAUGGCAAAGAUGUACACGAUCAAACCGCUAAAAGGACUGGACCUGCAUCACCUCCACGACCGGCUGCGUAUGCAGCGUAUGACACAAUCGCAGACCCGCGAGAUCUACCUCGGCUUCGCGAAGUACGUCCGCAGCUACGAAGAAAUCUGUCUGCUGCUAUCUGUGGCGCCAGAGUCGCACGCCGGACUGUUCUACCUUGCCCUUGGGCUGUUCCACAAGGAGAGAGAUGUGCGAAUCAAGGUGGCAGAGCUUUUGGAUCGGAUUGGAGAGCACGGGGCAGGCCAGCACUGGUGGAAGGGGAUGAGCCGGUUCGAAAAGCUGGCAUACCUCCGGAUCAAAAGGGAGUUGGAGGCCGAGGUGAAGGCCAAGACUGGCAGCGCCAGUCCGGUGGAGAAAAGGCUGAGUUAAAAUACUUGCUUGCGGAUGUUGCCAUGAUACCCACCGUCGCUUGCGUGGCUGUCGUUACUUGCUUUUCAUCACACCACCACCGUCAAAACGUAUCGGCUGGGACUGGGUCUGAGAAAAGAAAAGUCGCCAGGUUCGUGGACACGACCUCGCGGAUUGCAUCUACUUUUGGGAGCUGGGGGCCUUUUGAGAUUGUGCGUCUAUCAUUUCUAGACCAUCUCGAUGACUUUCGGGCUUGUUCAUAUUUUGGAUUGGAUGUAUAUAUACCACCACGCUCGUUCUUAGCGUCGCGUCUCGCAUAACCUGAUUUUCUUUGCCGCAAGGCAGCCAAAUAUGGUGCAUUCUCCAUGGCCUCAAGUAACCAGCCACCUGACCCGGUGUGCAACGUUCCCAAGCCACCCAAGCAGGAGACGUGCCCUACGUUCAUGCAUACACUAUGUACACUUCCGCCUAUGCGCCGAGGAAUUUGGCGGCGUGGGCGACGUGCUCGUCACUAAAGGUCGACAUGAAGAAGUAAGAGUGGUCGUAGUCGGGCUGAUAACGCAGGGUGAGGCCAUCGAGCCCGGCGUCCUUGACGGCCUUCUCAAAGUUCUCAGGGAGCAGCUGCUUCUGCUUGUAGAAGUUGUCGCCGGUGCCGACGUCGACGAGCAUGUUGAGGGGCGCCUUCUUGUCCCAGGCCUUGACCAGCUCGGUGGCGUCGUGCUUGGCCCACUCGGCCUUGUUGUCGUCGCCCAGGUAGCCGGAGAAGGCCUUCUGGCCCCAGGGGCACUCGGAGGGGUUGGCGAUGGGCGCGAAGGCCGAGACGGAGCGGUACUUGCCCGGGUGGCGCAGGUACAGGGUCAGGGCGCCGUGGCCGCCCAUCGAGUGGCCGGCGAUGGACACGCGCGAGCCGUCGAGCUUGCCGCCGAACUCGGAGCUCCCGAACAGGGCGGUGGGCAGCUCCUCGGUCAGGUAGGUCUCCAUGCGGUAGUUCUUGUCGUAGGGGGCCUUGACGGCGUCGACGUAGAAGGAGGCGGCCUCGCCAAAGUCGUAGGCGUCCUUCUCGCCGGGCAGGUCGAGCCCGCGGGGGGAGGUGUCUGGGUACAGCACCGCGAUGCCGUGCUGCGACGCGCCGUGCUGGAAGAAGCCCUUCUCGGUGCAGUUGUCGGGGGUGCAGGUCAGGCCCGACAGCCAGAUCAGUACGGGCACCUUCUUGUUCUCCUUGACGGCCGCGGGGGGCAGGUAGAGGUUCAGGGCCAUGGGGGUGCCGGUCGUGGUGGACUGGUGCGAGAGCUUGAGGAGAGUGCCCCCAAAGGAGGCGAUGGUGGCUUUUGUCUCGAAUGCCAUCUUGGUGGUGGUGGUGGUGGUGGUGGGUGAUGUUGGUGCUGAUGAGGAUGAGGGCGAGGUUGUGGUGAAGUGCCGUGCGAGCUGUGAGAGUCUGGAGGUGAAGGUUGGUGUGGUUGGGGAGUGCUGGACGUUUAGAUAUCUCAUCAAGAAACUUGGUGGUGGUCAACUUUCGUUCAAUCAAUUACGAGAUGAGGACGGCUCAAUUAUAUCGGAUUGGUAUCAUGAAGGGAAGCUAGCUUGAAGAGCCCCAAAACUGAUUAGCACAACCUGAGGGAGCUGCCCGUCGGGCUUUAUUAUUGUCCUGCUCUCUCCUCAG